UGCUUCAUCAUUAUGACUUCUUUACCAUCUGUUUGGUUACCAAGAAAACGGAUUAAUGAUUAAUAGAAAGUUCAAUUCUUGCCCUGUGAACAAAAUCUAAUCUUUGUUUUCUGUUGAUAAUUCUAGAAUAAAUAGAGUUCUAAGGAAAAUGUUGCAUUCGAUUAUUUUUCUUCUCGAGUCUGUUUGUUAACAUUAUUAUUAUUAACGGUUAAUAGAAAGUUCAAUUCUUGCCCUGUGAACAAAAUCUAAUCCUUGUUUAUGUUGAUAGUUCUGGAAUAAGUAUAGUUUUAAUGAAAUUUGACCAGAAAUUAGAUGAGGUAAAAGCACAUCCCUGGCAUGCCAUCUUGUUCCAUUCUUUUUACCCUAUUUAUCAUUCUUACUUCGUACCAAAAGUAGUGUUUUGUAAUUCAAACCUGUGUUACGUUUUGGCAAUUUAUGAUUUCAAACAGUCAGUAAAUGUUUAAUUUAUAAGUUUGAUCAAUAUUUUAUCUUUCACAAAGGGUUAUUGGCUGCCUGCAUUUGAUAAUUUGAGCGAAUUGAAAAAGCAUCUAGUUUAUGCAAGAUGAGGUCAAUUCUUUAUAUUUCGUGAAGGAGUGUUGUCCGCCUGCUUUCGAUCAGUUGACCCAGUUGAAGUUGGUUCUUUAUGAUUGCUAUCGUUGGGAUUUGUUAACACAGUUGCUCAAGAAAUCACCUAAUUUGGAAUCUCUUGUCAUCGAAAAUAAAGAAGACGAGGAAUGUGUUAAGGAUUAUGGGGAGCAUGACAGGUACUUGAGAAAUGUGUUAUACUCAGAGCACCGAUGGAGGACAACGGAGUCAGUGCCUAUUUGUCUGAUAUCACACCUCAAGACUAUCACUAUAAGGGGAUUUAAGGGAUACCCGCAUGUGAAGAAAGUGGCAAAGUAUUUGUUAAAGAACGGUAAAGUUUUGACUAAGAUGACUGUUAAUAACGAUGAGUUAUACAAAGAGCUAAUGCUUGAAAGGGGCUCUAGAACUUGUUGGGUUGAACUUGUCUAAAAUGUAAUGUUUAGCUUUUACAGCGGGUGUCGUUUGUAAGUCUAAUAAACGGGUUUAGAUGGAUUCUGUUCUCAAAGUUGCAAAUCACACAAGCACCUUUGUAAAUCUUAAGAUGGAUUGAUUUGUAGAUAUUUGUUUUGGACUGUAUACAUUUCUUAUCCACUUUGUA